AUGCAACAGGAACAACACCAGUUCGUUGACUCGUUCCUCCACAAGUUUGCCGAACGUCGAUCAAUGUUCGAUGAAGACGAAUUGAAAAGACGCCUAGAAGUAGUUUACGAAGAAAUUUCCAACCUCAUCGAUCACGGACGCGAGCUGCAAACGAAGACUUUAGAGCUCAAACGAAAUGCCAGUCACUAUGAGCCGGUCUACGUCAAAUUAACCACUGACGAUCCUCUUGUUUUCUUCAGCGGACAGACAUACGAGCGAAGACCUAGAGUUGCAGGACGUCCCAAUUCCAAAGAAGCCAACAGCGACAUCAUUCGGGACCAGCUGAACGAACUCAAGAACACUCAAUGCACACUAGAAUUUUUAACCAUUGAUCCUUUCUUGAACCCAUACAUCGAGAAAGAGGAACAAGGUCCAUAUGUUACCGAAACUACCUAA